GUUUCUGGUACGGAUCGAGUAGUGACAGGACUCGUCCCUUCGUGAUAAUGUACUACAAUACCCAUAAGGCCUUGCGCUGGACGCGGGAACGUGCUUGCUCGUGACGUAUUAAAUUUCAGCCGGGAGAAUCAAAGUACAACAAAACAGCGUGCAGAAUUGUGACGUGGACGAAGACAACAUGCAGAGAAACAGCCGUCUGAAGCGCGAGCUGCACAUGCUCAGUACCGAGCCUCCGCCUGGAGUGUCCUGCUGGCAGCUGGACGAGAGAGUGGAGGAGCUGCAAGCCCAAAUUGUCGGAGGUGCCAACACUCCUUACGAUGGUGGAUUGUUUACACUGGAAAUAAAGAUCCCCGAUAGGUAUCCGUUUGAACCUCCCAAAAUGCGUUUCCUGACACCUGUCUACCACCCCAAUAUUGAUAACGCAGGCCGGAUUUGUCUUGAUGUGCUGAAAUUGCCACCCAAGGGUGCAUGGAGACCUUCACUGAACAUCUCCACAGUGCUGAGCUCAAUACAGCUUCUCAUGGCAGAACCGAACCCAGAUGACCCAUUAAUGGCAGAUAUUUCCUCAGAAUUUAAAUACAACAAAGUGGCUUAUUUGGAGAAGGCCAAAAGAUGGACGGCGAAAUACGCAACACAGAAGAACAAGGGUCAUGUGGAAGCUGACCAGAAGAUCCUUGAAGACAAAAGCACUAAAACGGCACCGAAGAGAGAAGCACUUUCAGCGCAAGAGAACGUGGAACCCCACAAGAGAGUGUGCAUGUAGAUGUCUUAGGAUUAGUAUUUGUCCUUAUUCAUGUACUCUGUCUUAUGUGUGUAAUGUUUAUUAAAAUCAUAUUAUUAAAUAGUAUUUAUGGCAUUAAUAGAAAUAUUAACACUGAGAAUAAACCUGGUUCAAAAGGCACAUGGACAUGCA